GAAAAUAAUUUACUGCCAGAUUAAUGAUGCAGAACGCAGUUAAGGUUUGGUUUGGGGACGAUAUCCCAUUAAGCUCAAGGAGCCCAUUAACUCCUAGACAUGGGCCGGGCCUUACAGAUGUUUCCCAGUAUGACCAGUGGUUGUCAGUGCGCCAUGAAGCUACAUUGAUACCCAUGCAAGAAGACUUGUCGAUCUGGUUGAGCAUCUUGCUGGGGGUAGAAAUUAAAGGUGAAAAAUUUAUGGAAGAGCUGGAUAAUGGCGCUUUGCUUUGUCAACUCAUUUAUGUUGUCCAAAAUACCAUGAGACGUUGCUGCACAGCAGAAGAAUUAAAGGGUAUUCCGAUGAGGAAAGUUCCGUGCAGAAGAGAUGCUCCUCCGGGGUCCUUCUUUGCCCGUGACAACACAGCUAACUUCCUGCGCUGGUGCAGAGGCAUUGGAGUUGAUAACGCCUAUCUUUUUGAAUCCGAAGGUUUAGUUUUGCAUAAGGAUCCCAGGCAGGUGUGUCUGUGUCUUCUGGAUGUUGGUCGAAUAGUUUCCAGAUAUGGAGUGGAACCUCCUGUUCUUAUAAAGCUGGAGAAAGAAAUUGAACUAGAAGAAACACUUUUAAUUCAGUCUGGACCAUUAACCCCUAUAAACACUGAAAAAUCCUGCUGUCAUCAUGAGGGGCUACAUGAGGCUGUUAAGCACAUAGCAGAAGAUCCUCCCUGUAACUGUUCCCAUCGAUUCUCUAUUGAGUACUUAUCUGAAGGUCGUUAUCGUUUGGGUGAUAAAAUCCUUUUUAUAAGGAUGCUACAUGGAAAACAUGUUAUGGUUAGAGUUGGUGGAGGCUGGGAUACACUUCAAGGAUUUUUACUUAAAUAUGAUCCUUGCAGAGUACUACAAUUUACAACAUUAGAGCAAAAAAUUCUGCAGUUUCAGAAAAGUGGUCAAAAGGAAAAUAUGUCAGCACAAACUGGCAGAAAUCCACAGCCACCAAUCAUGAAUCCUUUGUCAGCUAUUAGUACUUCUCAAAAGCCAGAUUCCAAACCAUUUUCUGCCAAAACUAACCUAAGAACGAAUCACUCACCUGAGCACACUACCCAUAAAGGAACCAAGAACGCAAGAUCUCCAGCAAUGCACUCUAAAGUCCUGUGUGCUUCUAGGCAAGGAUCCCCAUUGUUUGUUGAACCUCAGAGAAAAGUUGCAAAAAAAUCAAAUUCUCCACUUCAUACUAGUCCCUCUGCUCUUAGCAGCAAAAGUUCUCAAAGUGAUGCUUCUGCUAAAACUCCUUGCUCAGCUGGUUCAUCAAGAACUAUAUCUCCUCUUUCAAAUAUUACACAGGAAAGCAGUGGUUUAUCCCAGACAAGCAAAGGAAAAACUCAGCAAGCAACCAUCUCAAAGUCUUCAGCAAAUGUCUCAAAAGCUGCAUCUUCAAACAAAGUGCAGGGGCCUAAACCUUUUCCUACGGUAUCCUCACGUGUUAAAGCACAAUCAAAACAUGUGCCUGACUCUAAGUCACAAUUAGAAAAUCCAAAAGUAGCCACCAAGUUGAGUAAGCCACCAAUUAAAACAUUACCAGCUGUGUCUGUAACUUCACAUUCUAAAAAAAUUCCCAACCCUACAAAGCAAGGUUUGAAAAUUACUUCCAAUCAAGGCACUUUGCAACCAUCUAAAGAAAAAGUGAAAAUUAAUAAGAAAACGGACUUCCAAAAAAAUAAUCUUGCAGUUCGAAAGCCAUUUGUAGUGUCUUCUAGAGUACCCACAAACUCGCAACUUAUACCGCACACCUCUAAGGCUUCUAGUAAAUGCCAACCAGCUACUUCACAACUUGGAGGUAAAAAUAAUCAAAAAGUUGUUCAGUCUCAAAAAAAUGAAAUAAAGACAACCUUUUCUGGGCGAACCCCUUUGUCUGUGGUUCGACUUCCCCAGUCUGCACCCAAAAAGGAGAUUGUUCUAAAAGCAGACCCAUCUUUAAAAACCAACCCCUCGGCAAGUGGGUCACGCAAAAAUGACAAGAUUCAGAAUUCAACUGCCUCCAAAGUAAUAAAUUCAAAGGCUACUUGCAACAGCAUCCCUAAGAAGGAAGAAAGGUUUCAAAGAGAGUGAAAGAUAAUCAACAUAAAUUGAUGAAACUCAUAAAUGUAUACAUUGUUUCCUCUGUUUUACCAAAUGAAACAUGCUGCAGAAGAAAACAUAAUGUUUUA